CGCUCCGCAGGCCGACCCCAGUGUGCGCUGGUGGCCGCAGGCGCGGGGGGCGGGAGUGCUGCGCCCUAGUAGGUAGGCGCGGCUGCUCGCCGCUACCCUCCGGCGAGACUCGGCCCCGCCUUCUGCUUCUCCUUGGCGAGGCGGGAACCGUCGGCCGCGGGAACCUUCUGGCUUCCUCAGACUAGAUCUUGCCCGCAGGUCUUGGGCAGGUAGUAUAGAUCAUCAGUAGAAAAACUUCCUGAAAGAAGAAAUUGUUCAAGAGAAAUUUGAAAGUAGCAAAACAGAAGACAAGUAAUUGACAACAGAUGCAGAGGACAGCAUGGAAAUUUUACUUCAUUCAUUUGUUUAACAAAUUUAUUCAGCAAAACUUUGUUAAACACCUACUCUUCCUAGGUAUUAUCCUAGGCAACAGGACCACAACACUGAACAAAACAGAAAAAUCUCCUGCCUGUGUAUAACUACAGCUGAUGAUGUCUUCCAGUUUCAAUAUAUUUAGAGUUGGCAUCUCUUUUGUCAUAAUGUGCAUUUUUUAUAAGUCAGCAGUAGACUCUCUAUCAGAACUGAGUCCUCAGAAAUAUUUCAGUACAUUGCAACCAGGAAAAGCUUCCUUAGCUUAUUUUUGUCAAGCUGAUUCUCCAAGAACCUCUAUAUUUCUUGAAGAACUGAAUGAGGCUGUUACACCUCUCCAGGACUAUGGAAUUUCAGUUGCAAAGGUUAAUUGUGUCAAAGAAGAAACAUCAAGAUACUGUGGAAAAGAAAAGGAUUUGAUGAAAGCAUAUUUAUUCAGGGGCAACAUCUUACUUAGAGAAUUCCCUACUGAUGUCUUGUUUGAUGUGAAUGCCAUCGUUGCCCAUGUUCUCUUUGCUCUUCUUUUUAAUGAAGUAAAAUAUAUUACCACCCUGGAAGACCUGCAGAACAUAGAAAAUGCUCUGAAAGGAAAAGCCAACAUUGCAUUCGCCUACGUAAGAGCCAUUGGAACACCAGAGCACAGAGCAGUCAUGGAAGCUGCUUUUGUGUAUGGGACCACAUACCAGUUUGUCCUAACCACGGAAACUGCCCUUUUGGAAAGUAUUGGCAAUGAGGAUAUAGAAAAUGCACAUCUCUACUUUUUUCAUUGUAAACAAGUCUUGGAUUUGACUCUGCAAUGUAGAAGAACACUGAUGGAACAGCCACUGACUACAUUGAAUAUUCAUCAAUUUAUUAAGACAAUGGAAGCACCUCUGCUGACUGAAGUUACUGAAGACCCUCAACAGGUUUCAACUAUUCAUCUCCAACUAGGAUUACCACUGGUUUUUAUUGUUAGUCAGCAAGCGACAUAUGAAGCUGACAGAAGAACUGCAGAAUGGGUUGCUUGGCGUCUUCUGGGGAAAGCAGGAGUUCUACUCUUGUUAAGGGACUCUUUGGAAGUAGACAUUCCUCAGCAUGCUAAUGUGAUCUUCAGAAGAGCAGAAGAGGGAGUGCCAGUGGAAUUUUUGGUGUUAGAUGAUAUUGAUUCACUAAUAUCCCAUGUGGAAAGUAAUGUGGACAUUGAAGAAAUUCAAGAAGAUGAAGAUGAGGACACGAAAAGUCCAAAUAUGGAUGUUCAAGAUGAUGAAGUGGCAGAAACUGUUUACAGAGAUAGGAAGAGACCCUUACCUUUGGAACUCACUGUGGAACUAACAGAAGAGACAUUUAACACGACAGUAGUGGCUUCUGAUAGCAUAGUGCUUUUCUAUGCUGGUUGGCAAGCGGUAUCCAUGGCAUUUCUGCAAUCCUAUAUCGAUUUGGCAAUUAAAUUGAAAGGCACAUCCACUAUGCUACUCACUAGAGUGAACUGUGCAGAUUGGUCUGAUUUAUGUACCAAGCAAAAUGUUACUGAAUUUCCUGUUGUAAAGAUGUACAAGGAAGGCAAGAAUCCGGUGUCUUACGCUGGUAUGCUAGGAACUGAAGAUCUCCUAAAAUUUAUCCAGCUCAGCAGGAUUUCAUGCCCAGUGAACAUAACAUCUGUACAAGAAGCAGAAGAAUAUUUAAGUGGGGAAUUAUAUAAAGACCUGAUCUCCUACUCUAGUGUGUCAGUGCUGGGACUAUUUAGCCCAAACAUGACAACAGCAAAAGAAGAUUUCACUGAAGCAGGAAACUACCUACAAGGAUAUGUUAUCACUGGGAUUUAUUCUGAAGAAGAUGUUUUGAUACUGUCAGAUAAGUAUGCUGCAACCCUUCCAGCCCUGCUGCUGUCCAGACACAAAGAAGGCAAAAUAGAGAGCAUUCCAUUAGCUAACUCCCAUGCACAAGACAUAAUUCAAAUAACAACAAAUGCAUUACUGGAAACAUUUCCAGAAAUCGCUGUGGAAAAUCUUCCCAUUUAUUUAAGACUUCAGAAACCAUUACUUAUUUUAUUCAGUGAUGGCAGCAUAAAUCCUCAAUAUAAAAAAGCAAUAUUGAUGCUGGUAAAAGAGAAACACUUGGAUUCACUUACCCCUUGCUGGUUAAAUCUAAAGAAUACUCCUGUGGGAAGAGGAAUCUUGCAGUCAUAUUUUGAUACUAUGCCUCCCCUUCCUCUUCUUGUUGUGGUCAAUCUACAUUCAGGUGGCCAAGUAUUUGCAUUUCCUUCAGACCAGGCUAUCACUGAACAAAACCUUUUAUUGUGGCUUAAGAAACUAGAAGCAGGACUUGAGAAUCAUAUCAGCCAGCAUUACCUGGAUACCAAAACCAGACAAAGAUACUACAAAAAAGAGAACAUUACAGCAAUUUUACCCUCUCAGGAAUGGAAACCUCCUCUUCCUGCUUAUGAUUUUCUAAGUAUGAUGGAUGCUACAGCAUCUCAACAUCCCACAAGGAAAGAUCCUGAGUGUACAAAAGAAACAGAUGUGCAGGAGAAUGAUAAAAAACAACAUGAAGAUAAAUCAGCAAUCAUAAAAGAACCAAUUGAAACACUGAGAAUAAAGCAUUGGAAUAGAAGUAAUUGGUUUAAAGAAGGAGAAAAAUCAUUUAGGCAUGAUAAAGAGUUAUAAUGCUCUAAAGAGCUGGUUUCAUAGAGCUGUGGAGAGCUUUACAGUCUUUUUAGUUUAUUUGAUAGACUGAAGAAUUUAUUAAAAAAUAUUAAAUCAUUUCAAGUUUCUACACCAGUGUUGUCCAAUGGAAAUAUAAUGUGAGCCAUAUAUGUAAACUUGGAAUUUUCUAGUAGUACAUUUUUUUAAAAAAGUAAAAAAUGAGCAUGUGAAAUUAAUUUUAAUCUUUCACCCAGUAAGUAUACCCAAAAUAGCUAAGUUAAGGGGAUCCCUGGGUGGCUCAGCGGUUUAGCAUCUGCCUUAGGCCCAGGAUGUGAUCCUGGAGUCCUGGGAUCAAGCCCCGCAUCAGGCUCCACGCAUGGAGCUUGCUUCUCCCUCUGCCUGUGUCUCUGCCUCUCUCUCUCUCUCUCUGUCUCCCUGUGUGUCUCUCAUGAAUAAAUAAUUUUUUAAAUAGCUAAGUUAAAUAAAAAUUGAGAUAUUUUA